AUGUCUGAAAUAACGGUUAGUUCUACUAAUUGGCUUGCAAUAUCCUUACGAAAUGAUACUGGUAUUGUAUUCAAUUUAAAUGAUAUUCAACAAUGGCAACAUCUUAGGCCUGUAACUGCUAGCAGUUCAUCAAGUGAAGUUACUUCUACAUCAACCGUUGAUAAACAGCAAGAAAAAACUGAAGAUGAUGACGAAAAUACAAAUGAACUCAAUCGUAAUCUAAUCAAAUUUACACCUGAUGGACAAAAAUUACUUAUCAAUGGGCAAAAUAAACAAAUUUACAUUUACAUAUCAUCCUAUGAUGAGAAUACAAAAACAUAUUGGCAAUUGCAACGGAUAGUAACAAUAAAGAAACGUGCAUCGGCAUUCGAUGUAACAAAUGAAAUUCUUCUUAUUGCUGAUAAAAGUGGUGAUGUUUAUAAAACUGAUUUGUUAACUGAUACCAGUGUUGUUCUUACAGCCGAUGAUUGUAUUAUGGGACAUCUAUCAAUGCUGCUUGAUAUUGCGUUUAUUACGACAGAUAAAAAUCAGCAAUUUAUAUUAACUACGGAUCGAGAUGAAAAAAUUCGUUUAACUCACUAUCCGAAUGCUUAUAAUAUUGAAGGAUUUUGUCUUGGCCAUUCAGAAUUUGUCUCUCAUGUAAAAUUAAUCGAUCAAAAUCAUAUUCUUUCAGCAUCUGGCGAUGGUACGCUUCGUCUUUGGCAUUUACCCGAUUGCAGAGAAUUGAAUUUUUUCGAAACAAAAACAUUCCUUUCGUCAUUUAAAAGUCUAUCCUAUGGUUCAUCGCCAUCCGGCUUCGAAAAUAAUAAUAAUGAAGUACCAUUAGAUUCGUCAUCAAUUAAUUAUUCCGUAUGGAACAUGGAUCUUGUUUCGCCUAAUUUAAUAAAAUCCGAUAUGAAAAAUGUUUUUAUUGCUAUAUCGAUUUAUGCAUAUCGAAAUCAUACGAUAUAUUUAACAAAAUUAUCAAAUCUUGAAAAAACAACAAAUGAACAAUGCAAAUUAACAUUUAAUUCUAAAUAUGGUACAAUUAUAGAUUAUUGUUUCUCAACAAAAGAACUCAUAUCGAAUUCUCAAUGUAAUUUAUUUAUACUAUUUGACAGUAAUAUUUUACUUAAAUUAAAUUUGAUUUCGAUAUUUUCCUAUGAUAAAAAUGAAAUCGACGAAAAUGAUUCAGUCAUCAGUACAAUAAUUAAUACAAAAGAAUUUAAUUUCAUGAAUAAUAUAACAUCGAAUGAAAUUAUAUUUAAGCAAUUAUUUAAAAUGCGUGGAGAUCCUGGUGAUAGUGCAUAUUAUAAACGUAAAAAUGAACGUAUUGAACAACAAGAAGAAAAACGAAGAAAAAAACAAGUAUCAAAACAGUUUCAAGAAAAAGUUGCAAUCAAUGAAAAUGUCUAA